UACCUGGAGAUGGGGAGAUAAGUAAGUAAAAGAAUCUAACAUUUUCUGAAGGCAAAUUGUGCCCCCAAACACCCGUGAUAGGCACUCUCAUUACCCUGUCAACUCAGCAUUUUUACCUUACUCCACUUUACAGAUGAAAAGCCUGAGGCUCAAAGAGGUAAACGUACUCAAGAUCACACAAGUAGCUAGCAAAUGAUAUUCCAAAAACCCAUUCUUUUUCUACUGGCAGGGUAAAAAAGAAAAAAAAAUAGAGGGUGGAAUGGGAAAGUUAGGUAAAAAGGGCUCACAGACCCUAUCCCCACCACCCUCUUGGCCCCUCUCCCCGCCCCUUCCUUCCUGUCCCACUAGCUUAACUUCUCUCCCUAGUGGCUAUACCUCAGAAACCCGUGUAGCCAGAGAUGGGGACGGAGCCUGCAGAACAGGUCUCCUGGAGCCCCUACUCUGGGUAUGAUGAGGAGGCAUACUCGGCUGAGCCAUUGCCAGAACUCUGCUACAAGGCGGAUGUCCAGGCCUUCAGUCGGGCCUUCCAACCCAGUGUCUCCCUGGCAGUGGCUGCACUGGGUCUGGCCGGCAAUGGCCUGGUCCUGGCCACCCACCUGGCAGCCCGACGUGCUGUCCGUUCGCCCACUUCUGCCCACCUGCUCCAGCUGGCCCUGGCCGACCUUCUGCUGGCCCUAACCCUGCCCUUCGCCGCAGCCGGGGCUCUGCAGGGCUGGAGUCUGGGAAGUGCCACCUGCCGCGCCAUCUCGGGCCUCUACUCAGCCUCCUUCCACGCUGGCUUCCUCUUCCUGGCCUGUAUCAGCGCCGACCGCUAUGUGGCCAUCGCGCGGGCCCUCCCCGCUGGACCGAGGCCCUCUGCGCCAGGCCGCGCACACGUGGUCUCAGCCAUCGUAUGGCUGCUGUCGCUGCUUCUCGCGCUGCCUGCUCUCCUUUUCAGCCAGGAUGGGCAGCGGGAAGGCCAGCGGCGCUGCCGUCUCAUCUUUCCCGAGGGCCUCACGCAGACGGUGAAGGGGGCAAGCGCCGUGGCGCAGGUGGUCCUGGGCUUCGCGCUGCCGCUGGGCGUCAUGGCCGCCUGCUAUGCGCUCCUGGGCCGCACGCUGCUGGCCGCCAGGGGGCCCGAGCGCCGGCGUGCGCUGCGCGUCGUGGUGGCCCUGGUGGCGGCCUUCGUGGUCCUGCAGCUGCCCUACAGUCUCGCCCUGCUACUGGAUACGGCCGACCUACUGGCUGCCCGCGAGCGGAGCUGCCCUGCCAGCAAGCGCAAGGAUCUGGCACUGCUCGUGACCGGAGGGUUGGCCCUGGCCCGCUGCGGCCUGAACCCCGUACUCUACGCCUUUUUGGGCCUGCGAUUCCGCCAGGACCUGCGGAGGCUGCUGCGGAGUGGGAGCUGCAGCCCAGGGCCUCGCCCCCGGGGCCGCUGCCCCCGCCGGCCCCGCCUCUCUUCCUGUUCGGCUCCCACUGAGACCCACAGUGUCUCCUCCUGGGACUACUAGGGCUGCGAAUCAAGGGGAGAGGGCGGGCUGAGGAAAUGAUUCCAGGGAGGGUAGUGGGAAAGGGGAGUAGGUGGGGAGACCCUGAGAAGGAGGUAGGGACCUAAAGGAAUUGCUUCUGUACUUUGCCACAUUAAAUUGAUAACAUGGAAAUGAGCUACAACCCAA